AUUUUACGUAACAGUUCACGCGAUACUAGUUACUCCACGGCUGUUGGCAAUGGUAAACGGUGCACCGACGAUGAACUAACUUUACGAAACUUCAACUAUAUGACUGACCCAGCGAGAGAGACAGUUAUAAUUUGUUUAAAAACUCCACCUCAACUAUCGUCUGAGUACAGUGAUAGAAUAUUGACGGAAGUGAACACAAAUCUGCUGCUUGUUAGCGUAGCUCCCGCGUGUCUGCUUCAGGAAGAUCUUGUCGUGCACCAUGGUGACAGUGCUUAGCAUUGCUACUAACUACUACAAUGAUUACUUUAUCGAACGAAGAGAUGACCGUAGUGCGCAUCUUCCGCUGGCUGGUUCACCUGUACUCAUCGUAGGCAUCGUUGUGUCCUAUUUAUACUUCGUGCUCCGGUGCGGUCCUCGCCAUAUGGCAAAUCGUAAGCCGUACAAUGUGCUGACCAUGAUAAAGGCUUACAAUCUGUUUCAAAUGGUGGCAAAUGUUAUGCUGUUUCUGCGUAUUUGCUACAAUGUGUUUCUGUUGUAUGACAAUUUUUCCUUCCGUUGUCAACCGAUCGACUACACGCGCUCCAGAGCGGGGAUGGAUGAAGUUUACUUUAGCUACGCUUAUUUUUGGCUCAAAUUAUUCGACUUAGCCGAUACGGUAUUUUUCGUGCUGCGCAAGAAACAAUCGCACGUGUCGUUUUUGCACGUGUAUCAUCAUUCCUUUAUGGUGGUAACGACCUACUGUGCUCUAGUAUUCGUUCCCGGUGGUCAUGUCUUGCUGCUCGGCCUGUGGAAUACGCUGGUCCAUGCGAUCAUGUAUUUCUACUACUUUCUCACAUCGUUAGGUGCACAGUAUAGUAGCGUGUGGUGGAAGAAAUAUCUUACAAGACUGCAGCUAGUUCAGUUCAUACAUUUAGCGUUCCAUUUUGGGCGUCCUUUGUUCAAUGGUAAUUGCAAUUUCCCAACAUUUUGGCUGUGGUAUGGAUUUUUGCAGGCAAUCGUUGUGCUGGGAUUGUUUUUAGACUUUUAUAUCAAAACGUACAACAGGCGGGAUAGUAAUAGUGCUAAAAAUAAAACAAAAUACGAUGUAAGACCAAAGGUUAAUUGAAUAAAGUGAUUAAUAGUAAAACAA